AUGAGUAUGAGCAUGGCGUCAGUGGACCAAUUUCUGAACUUUGGGUUGUCACUAGUGUCUAUGAGGAUAUUUCAGAAGUCGCAGUUCCAGAGUGAGAAGGCAAUAUUUACACUGAGAGUGAUUUAUGUUGUGUCUAAUGUUGUGCAGCUCUUAUUUUUUGUGUACAUAAUGCAGAAGAUCAAGAAGACGAAUGAUAGCAGGAUGGUGAAGAUCAGGAAGGAGGCUUCUCUUUUCCAAGAGGAUAAUGAUGCAGAAGAAGAGGAGAUGACGUAUGGACAAUACGACACACUUGAGCUGAACAAGAUGAGGAAGUCUACAAUGAUACAGUUUUUAGUUGUAUGUGCAUUGCACUUCAAGUUCAAAGCUGUUCAACCACUUUUUGUGCAGUCAUUUACACCGAUCAGGAAUCUUUUUUUGAAUCCGCUGUAUAUGGCACACAUAUGGAAUAGGAAUGUGUUGAGGCCGUUCGAUCUGAAUAUGUUGUUCAAGAAGACCGAGCCAGCAAAGGAGAGCAAGGAAAAAGCUGAGGAACAGAAGAGCAAAAGGAUUAAGGAGGAUUGA